CACAGUUGCCCCAAUUACAGCCACAACAAUCGCAACUAACACAUUCACAGAGGUCACAUCCACAGCUCUUCAAUCCGCAGCACAAACAAACCCUGUAACCAACACCACAGACACUACAGACAUCAGAAAAGCCAUCACCGCCACAACUAUAGAUAGCUGUACUGCAACCAUGCUGAAAACAAACAAAGUCACCACAGUCACAACUGCUACAACAUCAGAUUCUACAAACACAGAAACUACAACAGCAACUGACACAUACACUGACACUGUACCAACGGCUGCCCCAACUACAGGCUCAAUCAUAAUUAGUAAUACAGCCAAAGCAAUCGCAGCUGAUAUGACAGCCUCAGCAAUCGCAGCUGAUACAAACACAGCUCUUCAAUCCACAACCAGAGAAAACCAUGUAGCCGAAGUCACAGACACUACAGACACUACAAAAACUAUCAAUGGCACAACAAUAGAUAGCACCACUGCAACCAUUGCCAAAACAAACAAACCAACCACGGUCACAACUGUUACGACAUUGGAUGCCACAACUGAUACACUCACAAACACUAUACCCACAGCUACCCCAACUACAGUCUCAACAACUGCAGCUAAAAUAAUGACAUAUGUUACAUCCACAGACAUUAUAAACACAGAUGCCACAACCAGAACGUUACAAUCCACACCCCAAGCAAACCCUGUAGCCAACACCACAGACACUGAAAUGAGAGACAAUACAAAAACCAUCACAGCCAGCACUAUAGACAGCACUAAUGCAGCCAGAGGGAAAACAACAGGAACCACAAGAGAUUCCACAAACAUAUCUGCAACAUUGACAGACAUUAUAUCCACAGCUGCUCCAACAACAUCAACAACAACAGCAAAAGUCACAAACACUGAUUUUCAAACCACAGCCGAAACGAACUCUAUGAACAGCACUACAGACACUGCAAUAAAAGAAUUCACAAAAAACAUAAUCGGCACAACCAUAGAUAGCAAUAUGCAAAUAAAGGCAAAAACAAAUAAAGCCACCACAUUCACAACUGAGGUUGCACACAUUACUACAUCAGGUACAACAAACACAGAAAACACAACAAUAAUUGAUACAUCCACAGACACUAUAUCCACAGCUGCCCCAACUGCAGCCUCAACAAUCGUAGCUGAUACAAUCACAGGUCUCCAGUCAACAAACCAAACAAACCCUAUAGCCAACACCACAAAUAGUGCAAUUACAGACACUAAACAAACCAUCAUUGCAACAAUAGAUAGCACUGCUGCAACCAUAGCAAAAACAAACAAAGCCACCACAGUCACAACUGCUACAUCAUCAGGUGCCACAAACACAGAAACCACAACAAUAAUUGAUACAUCCACAGACAUUAUAUCCACAGCUACCCCAACUACAACCACAAAAACCACAACUGAUACAGCAAUAGAAGUCACAGUAACUACUCUUCAAACCACAAACCAAAAAAACCCUACAGCCAACACCACAAAUACUGCAAUUACAGACACUAAACAAACCAUCAUUGCAACAAAAGAUAGGACUGCUGCAACCAUAGCAAAAACAAACAAAGUCACCACAUUCACAACUGCUACAACAUCAGGUGCCACAAACACAGAAACCACAACAAUAAUUGAUACAUCCACAGACACUAUAUCCACAGCUGCCCCAACUGCAGCCUCAACAAUCGUAGCUGAUACAAUCACAGGUCUUCAGUCCACAAUCCAAACAAACCCGGUAGCCAUCACCACAGACACUGAAAUUACAGACACCACAAAAACCUUUACCUCCACAACUAUAGAUAGAACUACUGCAACCAUAGGGAAAACAAACAAAGCAACCACAGUCACAAAUGGCGAAACCAGAGAUGCCACAACCAUAUCUGCAAAAAUCACAGACAUUAUAUCCACAGCUACCCCAAGCACAUACACAAAAACCACAACUGAUACAACAACAGAAGUCACAGUAACUACUCUUCAAACCAAAAACCAAACAAACCCUAUAGCCAACACCACAAGUACUGCAAUUACAGACACUAAACCAACCAUCAUUGCAACAAUAGAUAGCACUGCUGCAACCAUAGCAAAAACAAACAAAGCCACCACAGUCACAACUGCUACAACAUCAGGUGCCACAAAGACAGAAACCACAACAAUAAUUGAUACAUCCACAGACACUAUAUCCACAGCUGUCCCAACUGCAGCCUCAACAAUCGUAGCUGAUACAAUCACAGGUCUUCAGUCCACAAUCCAAACAAACCCAGUAGCCACCACCACAGACACUGAAAGUACAGACACCACAAAUACUGCAAUUACAGACACUAAACAAACCAUCACUGCAACAAUAGAUAGCUCUGCUGCAACCAUAGCAAAAACAAAUAAAGCCAACACAGUCACAACUGCUACAACAUCAGGUGCCACAAACACAGAAACCACAACAAUAAUUGACACAUCCACAGACACUAUAUACACAGCUGCCCCAACUGCAGCCUCAACAAUCGUUACUGAUACAAUCACAGGUCUUCAGUCCACAAUCCAAACAAACACUGUAGCCAUCACCACAGACACUGAAAUUACAGACACCACAAAAACCUUUAUAGCCACCACCAGAGAUGCCACAAUCAUAUCUGCAACAAUCACAGACAUUAUAUCCACAGCUACCACAACUACAUCCACAGAAACCACAACUGAUACACCAACAGACGUCACAUUAACUACUCUUCAAACCACAUACCAAACAAACCCUAUAGCCAACACCACAAAUACUGCAAUUGCAGACACUAAACAAACCAUCAUUGCAACAAUAGAUAGCACUGCUGCAACCAUAGCAAAAACAAACAAAGCCACCACAGUCACAACUGCUACAACAUCAGGUGCCACAAAGACAGAAACCACAACAAUAAUUGAUACAUCCACAGACACUAUAUCCACAGCUGCCCCAACUGCAGCCUCAACAAUCGUAGCUGAUACAAUCACAGGUCUCCAGUCAACAAACCAAACAAACCCUAUAGCGAACACCACAAAUACUGCAAUUACAGACACUAAACAAACCAUCAUUGCAACAAUAGAUAGCACUGCUGCAACCAUAGCAAAAACAAACAAAGCCAACACAGUCACAACUGCUACAUCAGGUGCCAGAAACACAGAAACCACAACAACAAUUGAUACAUCCACAGACACUAUAUCCACAGCUGCCCCAACUGCAGCCUCAACAAUCGUAGCUGAUACAAUCACAGGUCUUCAGUCCACAAUCCAAACAAACCCUGUAGCCAUCACCACAGACACUGAAAUUACAGACACCACAAAAACCUUUACUGCCACAACUAUAGAUAGAACUACUAGAACCAUAGGGAAAACAAAUAAAGCAGCCACAGUCACAAAUGGAGCAACCAGAGAUGCCACAACCAUAUCUGCAACAAUCACAGACACUAUAUCCACAGCUACCCCAACUACAACCACAAAAACCACAACUGAUACAGCAACAGAAGUCACAGUAACUACUCUUCAAACCACACACCAAACAAACCCUACAGCCAACACCACAAAUACUGCAAUUACAGACACUAAACAAACCAUCAUUGCAACAAAAGAUAGGACUGCUGCAACCAUAGCAAAAACAAACAACGCCACCACAUUCACAACUGCUACAAACACAGAAACCACAACAAUAAUUGAUACAUCCACAGACACUAUAUCCACAGCUGCCCCAACUGCAGCCUCAACAAUCGUAGCUGAUACAAUCACAGGUCUUCAGUCCACAAUCCAAACAAACCCGGUAGCCAUCACCACAGAAACUGAAAUUACAGACACCACAAAAACCUUUACCUCCACAACUAUAGAUAGAACUACUGCAACCAUAGGGAAAACAAACAAAGCAACCACAGUCACAAAUGGCGAAACCAGAGAUGCCACAACCAUAUCUGCAACAAUCACAGACAUUAUAUCCACAGCUACCCCAAGUACAUACACAAAAACCACAACUGAUACAACAACAGAAGUCACAGUAACUACUCUUCAAACCACAAACCAAACAAACCCUAUAGCCAACACCACAAGUACUGCAAUUACAGACACUAAACCAACCAUCAUUGCAACAAUAGAUAGCACUGCUGCAACCAUAGCAAAAACAAACAAAGCCACCACAGUCACAACUGCUACAACAUCAGGUGCCACAAAGACAGAAACCACAACAAUAAUUGAUACAUCCACAGACACUAUAUCCACAGCUGCCCCAACUGCAGCCUCAACAAUCGUAGCUGAUACAAUCACAGAUCUUCAGUCCACAAUCCAAACAAACCCGGUAGCCACCACCACAGACACUGAAAGUACAGACACUACAAAUACUGCAAUUACAGACACUAAACAAACCAUCACUGCAACAAUAGAUAGCUCUGCUGCAACCAUAGCAAAAACAAACAAAGCCAACACAGUCACAACUGCUACAACAUCAGGUGCCACAAACACAGAAACCACAACAAUAAUUGAUACAUCCACAGACACUAUAUACACAGCUGCCCCAACUGCAGCCUCAACAAUCGUUACUGAUACAAUCACAGGUCUUCAGUCCACAAUCCAAACAAACACUGUAGCCAUCACCGCAGACACUGAAAUUACAGACACCACAAAAACCUUUAUAGCCACCACCAGAGAUGCCACAAUCAUAACUGCAACAAUCACAGACAUUGUAUCCACAGCUACCACAACUACAUCCACAGAAACCACAACUGAUACAGCAACAGACGUCACAUUAACUACUCUUCAAACCACAUACCAAACAAACCCUAUAGCCAACACCACAAAUACUGCAAUUGCAGACACUAAACAAACCAUCAUUGCAACAAUAGAUAGCACUGCUGCAACCAUAGCAAAAACAAACAAAGCCACCACGGUCACAACUGCUACAACAUCAGGUGCCACAAACACAGAAACCACAACAAUAAUUGAUACAUCCACAGACACUAUAUCCACAGCUGCCCCAACUGCAGCCUCAACAAUCGUAGCUGAUACAAUCACAGGUCUUCAGUCCACAAUCCAAACAAACCCUGUAGCCAUCACCACAGACACUGAAAGUACAGACACCACAAAUACUGCAAUUACAGACACUAAACAAACCAUCACUGCAACAAUAGAUAGCACUGCUGCAACCAUAGCAAAAACAAACAAAGCCACCACAGACACAACUGCUACAACAUCAGGUGCCACAAAGACAGAAACCACAACAAUAAUUGAUACAUCCACAGACACUAUAUCCACAGCUGCCCCAACUGCAGCCUCAACAAUCGUAAAUGGUACAAUCACAGGUCUUCAGUCCACAAUCCAAACAAACCCGGUAGCCAUCACCACAGACACUGAAAUUACAGACACCACAAAAACCUUUACCUCCACAACUAUAGAUAGAACUACUGCAACCAUAGGGAAAACAAACAAAGCAACCACAGUCACAAAUGGCGAAACCAGAGAUGCCACAACCAUAUCUGCAACAAUCACAGACAUUAUAUCCACAGCUACCCCAAGUACAUACACAAAAACCACAACUGAUAUAGCAACAGAAGUCACAGUAACUACUCUUCAAUCCACAAACCAAACAAACCCUAUAGCCAACACCACAAGUCCUGCAAUUACAGACACUAAACCAACCAUCAUUGCAACAAUAGAUAGCACUGCUGCAACCAUAGCAAAAACAAACAAAGCCACCACAAUCACAACUGCUACAACAUCAGGUGCCACAAACACAGAAACCACAACAAUAAUUGAUACAUCCACAGACACUAUAUCCACAGCUGCCCCAACUGCAGCCUCAACAAUCGUAGCUGAUACAAUCACAGGUCUUCUGUCCACAAUCCAAACAAACCCGGUAGCCAUCACCACAGACACUGAAAUUACAGACACCACAAAAACCUUUACCUCCACAACUAUAGAUAGAACUACUGCAACCAUAGGGAAAACAAACAAAGCAACCACAGUCACAAAUGGCGAAACCAGAGAUGCCACAACCAUAUCUGCAACAAUCACAGACAUUAUAUCCACAGCUACCCCAAGUACAUCCACAGAAACCACAACUGAUACAGCAACAGACGUCACAUUAACUACUCUUCAAACCACAUACCAAACAAACCCUAUAGCCAACACCACAAAUACUGCAAUUGCAGACACUAAACAAACCAUCAUUGCAACAAUAGAUAGCACUGCUGCAACCAUAGCAAAAACAAACAAAGCCACCACAGUCACAACUGCUACAACAUCAGGUGCCACAAACACAGAAACCACAACAAUAAUUGAUACAUCCACAGACACUAUAUCCACAGCUGCCCCAACUGCAGCCUCAACAAUCGUAGCUGAUACAAUCACAGGUCUUCAGUCCACAAUCCAAACAAACCCUGUAGCCAUCACCACAGACACUGAAAGUACAGACACCACAAAUACUGCAAUUACAGACACUAAACAAACCAUCACUGCAACAAUAGAUAGCACUGCUGCAACCAUAGCAAAAACAAACAAAGCCAACACAGUCACAACUGCUACAACAUCAGGUGCCACAAAGACAGAAACCACAACAAUAAUUGAUACAUCCACAGACACUAUAUCCACAGCUGCCCCAACUGCAGCCUCAACAAUCGUAAAUGGUACAAUCACAGGUCUUCAGUCCACAAUCCAAACAAACCCGGUAGCCAUCACCACAGACACUGAAAUUACAGACACCACAAAAACCUUUACCUCCACAACUAUAGAUAGAACUACUGCAACCAUAGGGAAAACAAACAAAGCAACCACAGUCACAAAUGGCGAAACCAGAGAUGCCACAACCAUAUCUGCAACAAUCACAGACAUUAUAUCCACAGCUACCCCAAGUACAUACACAAAAACCACAACUGAUAUAGCAACAGAAGUCACAGUAACUACUCUUCAAACCACAAACCAAACAAACCCUAUAGCCAACACCACAAGUCCUGCAAUUACAGACACUAAACCAACCAUCAUUGCAACAAUAGAUAGCACUGCUGCAACCAUAGCAAAAACAAACAAAGCCACCACAGUCACAACUGCUACAACAUCAGGUGCCACAAACACAAAAACCACAACAAUAAUUGAUACAUCCACAGACACUAUAUCCACAGCUGCCCCAACUGCAGCCUCAACAAUCGUAGCUGAUACAAUCACAGGUCUUCAGUCCACAAUCCAAACAAACCCGGUAGCCAUCACCACAGACACUGAAAUUACAGACACCACAAAAACCUUUACCUCCACAACUAUAGAUAGAACUACUGCAACCAUAGGGAAAACAAACAAAGCAACCACAGUCACAAAUGGCGAAACCAGAGAUGCCACAACCAUAUCUGCAAAAAUCACAGACAUUAUAUCCACAGCUACCCCAAGUACAUACACAAAAACCACAACUGAUACAACAACAGAAGUCACAGUAACUACUCUUCAAACCACAAACCAAACAAACCCUAUAGCCAACACCACAAGUACUGCAAUUACAGACACUAAACCAACCAUCAUUGCAACAAUAGAUAGCACUGCUGCAACCAUAGCAAAAACAAACAAAGCCACCACAGUCACAACUGCUACAACAUCAGGUGCCACAAAGACAGAAACCACAACAAUAAUUGAUACAUCCACAGACACUAUAUCCACAGCUGCCCCAACUGCAGCCUCAACAAUCGUAGCUGAUACAAUCACAGGUCUUCAGUCCACAAUCCAAACAAACCCAGUAGCCACCACCACAGACACUGAAAGUACAGACACUACAAAUACUGCAAUUACAGACACUAAACAAACCAUCACUGCAACAAUAGAUAGCUCUGCUGCAACCAUAGCAAAAACAAACAAAGCCAACACAGUCACAACUGCUACAACAUCAGGUGCCACAAACACAGAAACCACAACAAUAAUUGAUACAUCCACAGACACUAUAUACACAGCUGCCCCAACUGCAGCCUCAACAAUCGUUACUGAUACAAUCACAGGUCUUCAGUCCACAAUCCAAACAAACACUGUAGCCAUCACCACAGACACUGAAAUUACAGACACCACAAAAACCUUUAUAGCCACCACCAGAGAUGCCACAAUCAUAACUGCAACAAUCACAGACAUUGUAUCCACAGCUACCACAACUACAUCCACAGAAACCACAACUGAUACAGCAACAGACGUCACAUUAACUACUCUUCAAACCACAUACCAAACAAACCCUAUAGCCAACACCACAAAUACUGCAAUUGCAGACACUAAACAAACCAUCAUUGCAACAAUAGAUAGCACUGCUGCAACCAUAGCAAAGACAAACAAAGCCACCACAGUCACAACUGCUACAACAUCAGGGGCCACAAACACAGAAACCACAACAAUAAUUGAUACAUCCACAGACACUAUAUCCACAGCUGCCCCAACUGCAGCCUCAACAAUCGUAGCUGAUACAAUCACAGGUCUUCAGUCCACAAUCCAAACAAACCCUGUAGCCAUCACCACAGACACUGAAAGUACAGACACCACAAAUACUGCAAUUACAGACACUAAACAAACCAUCAUUGCAACAAUAGAUAGCACUGCUGCAACCAUAGCAAAAACAAACAAAGCCACCACCGUCACAACUGCUACAACAUCAGGUGCCACAAACACAGAAACCACAACAAUAAUUGAUACAUCCACAGACACUAUAUCCACAGCUGCCCCAACUGCAGCCUCAACAAUCGUAGCUGAUACAAUCACAGGUCUUCAGUCCACAAUCCAAACAAACCCGGUAGCCAUCACCACAGACACUGAAAUUACAAACACCACAAAUACUGCAAUUACAGACACUAAACAAACCAUCACUGCAACAAUAGAUAGCUCUGCUGCAACCAUAGCAAAAACAAACAAAGCAACCACAGUCACAACUGCUACAACAUCAGGUGCCACAAACACAGAAACCACAACAAUAAUUGAUACAUCCACAGACACUAUAUACACAGCUGCCCCAACUGCAGCCUCAACAAUUGUUACUGAUACAAUCACAGGUCUUCAGUCCACAAUCCAAACAAACACUGUAGCCAUCACCACAGACACUGAAAUUACAGACAGCACAAAAACCUUUAUAGCCACAACCAGAGAUGCCACAAUCAUAUCUGCAACAAUCACAGACAUUAUAUCCACAGCUACCAUAACUACAUCCACAGAAACCACAACUGAUACAGCAACAGACGUCACAUUAACUACUCUUCAAACCACAUACCAAACAAACCCUAUAGCCAACACCACAAAUACUGCAAUUGCAGACACUAAACAAACCAUCAUUGCAACAAUAGAUAGCACUGCUGCAACCAUAGCAAAAACAAACAAAGCCACCACAGUCACAACUGCUACAACAUCAGGUGCCACAAAGACAGAAACCACAACAAUAAUUGAUACAUCCACAGACACUAUAUCCACAGCUGCCCCAACUGCAGCCUCAACAAUCGUAGCUGAUACAAUCACAGGUCUUCAGUCCACAAUCCAAACAAACCCUGUAGCCAUCACCACAGACACUGAAAUUACAGACACCACAAAAAGCGUUACCGCCACAACUAUAGAUAGAACUACUGCAACCAUAGGGAAAACAAAUAAAGCAAACACAGUCACAAAUGGCACAACCAGAGAUGCCACAACCAUAUCUGCAACAAUCACAGACAUUAUAUCCACAGCUACCCCAACUACAUCCACAAAAACCACAACUGAUACAGCAACAGAAGUCACAGUAACUACUCUUCAAACCACAAACCAAACAAACCCUACAGCCAUCACCACAGACACUGAAAGUACAGACACCACAAAUACUGCAAUUACAGACACUAAACAAACCAUCACUGCAACAAUAGAUAGCUCUGCUGCAACCAUAGCAAAAACAAACAAAGCCACCACAUUCACAACUGCUACAACAUCAGGUGUCACAAAGACAGAAACCACAACAAUAAUUGAUACAUCCACAGACACUAUAUCCACAGCUGCCCCAAAUGCAGCCUCAAAAAUCAUAGCUGAUACAAACACAGGUCUUCAGUCCACAAUCCAAACAAACCCUGUAGCCAUCACCACAGACACUGAAAGUACAGACACCACAAACACUGCAAUUACAGACACUAAACAAACCAUCACUGCAACAAUAGAUAGCACUGCUGCAACCAUAGCAAAAACAAACAAAGCCACCACAUUCACAACUGCUACAACAUCAGGUGCCACAAACACAGAAACCACAACAAUAAUUGAUACAUCCACAGACAUCCAAACAAACCCUGUAGCCAUCACCACAGACACUGAAAUUACAGACACCACAAAAACCUUUACUGCCACAACUAUAGAUAGAACUACUGUAACCAUAGGGAAAACAAAUAAAGCAACCACAGUCACAAAUGUAGCAACCAGAGAUGCCACAACCAUAUCUGCAACAAUCACAGACAUUGUAUCCACAGCUGCCCCAACUUCAUCCACAAAAACCACAACUGAUACAGCAACAGAAGUCACAGUAACUACUCUUCAAACCACAAACCAAACAAACCCUAUAGCCAACACCACAAAUACUGCAAUUACAGACACUAAACCAACCAUCAUUGCAACAAUAGAUAGCACUGCUGCAACCAUAGCAAAAACAAACAAAGCCACCACAGUCACAACUGCUACAACAUCAGGUGCCACAAACACAGAAACCACAACAAUAAUUGAUACAUCCACAGACACUAUAUCCACAGCUGCCCCAACUGCAGCCUCAACAAUCGUAGCUGAUACAAUUACAGGUCUUCAGUCCACAAUCCAAACAAACCCUGUAGCCAUCACCACAGACACUGAAAGUACAGACACCACAAAUACUGCAAUUUCAGACACUAAACAAACCAUCACUGCAACAAUAGAUAGCUCUGCUGCAACCAUACCAAAAACAAACAAAGCCACCACAUUCACAACUGCUACAACAUCAGGUGCCACAAAGACAGAAACCACAACAAUAAUUGAUACACCCACCGACACUAUAUCCACAGCUGCCCCAACUGCAGCCUCAACAAUCGUAGCUGAUACAAUCACAGGUCUUCAGUCCACAAUCCAAACAAACCCUGUAGCCAUCACCAUAGACACUGAACGUACAGACACCACAAAUACUGCAAUUACAGACACUAAACAAACCAUCACUGCAACAAUAGAUAGCACUGCUGCAACCAUACUAAAAACAAACAAAGCCACCACAUUCACAACUGCUACAACAUCAGGUGCCAAAAACACAGAAACCACAACAAUAAUUGAUACAUCCACAGACCCUAUAUCCACAGCUGCCCCAACUGCAGCCUCAACAAUCGUAGCUGAUACAAUCACAGUUCUUCAGUCCAAAAUCCAAACAAACUCUGUAGCCAUCACCAUAGACACUGAAAUUACAGACACCACAAAAACCUUUACUGCAACAACUGUAGAUAGAACCACUGUAACCAUAGGGAAAACAAAUAAUGCAACCACAGUCACAAAUGGAGCAACCAGAGAUGCCACAACCAUAUCUGCAACAAUAACAGACAUUAUAUCCACAGCUACCCCAACUACAUCCACAAAAACCACAACUGAUACAGCAACAGAAGUCACAGUAACUACUCUUCAAACCACAAACCAAACAAACCCUAUAGCCAACACCACAAAUACUGCAAUUACAGCCACUAAACAAACCAUCAUUGCAACAAUCGAUAGCUCUGCUGCAACCAUAGCAAAAACAAACAAAGCCACCACAUUCACAACUGCUACAACAUCAGAUGCCACAUACACAGACUACACAAAAGUAACUGACACAUUCACAGCUGUCCCAGUUUCAGCCUCAACAAUCACAGCUUAUAUGACAGCCUCAGCCAUCGCACGUGAUACAACCACAGCCCUUCAAUUGGUAUCCAGAGAAAAACCUGUAGCCAACACCACAGAAAUUGCAAUUACAGACACCACAAAAACUACCAACGGCACAACCAUCGAUAGAACUACUGCAACCAUAGCCAAAACAAACAAACCAAACACGGUCACAGCUGUUAUGACAUUGGAUGCCACAGACACCAAAAUCACAACUGAUACAUCCACAAACACUAAAGAAACCAUCAUCGCAACAAAAUAUAGCACUACUGCAACCAAAGCAAAAACAAACAAAGCCACUACAGUCACAACUGCUACAUCAGGUGCCACAAGCACAGAAACCACAACAAUAAUUGAUAAAUCCACAGACACUAUAUCCACAGCUGCCCCAAAUGCAGCCUCAACAAUCGUAGCUGACACAAUCACAGGUAUUCAGUCCACAAUCCAAACAAACCCUGUAGCCAUCACCACAGACACUGAAAUUACAGACACCACAAAUACUGCAAUUACAGACACCACAAAAACCUUUACUGCCACAAGUAUAGAUAGAACUACUACAAUUAUGGGGAAAACAAAAGAAACAACCACAGUCACAAAUGGAACAACCAGAGAUGCCACAAAUAUAUCUGCAACAUUGACAGACAUAUCCACAGCUACCCCAACUUCAUCCACAAAAAUCACAACUGAUACAGCAACAGAAGUCACAACCAGAACAUUUCAAUCCACACCCCAAACAAACCCUGUAGCCAACACCACAGACACUGAAAUGAGACACAACACAAAAACCAUCACUGCCACCACUAUAGAUAGCACUAAUGCAACCAGAGGGAAAACAACAGGAACCACAAGAGAUUCCACAACCAUAUCUGCAACAAUCACAGACAUUAUAUCCACAGCUGCCCCAACUACAUCCACAAAAAUCACAACUGAUACAACAACAGAAGUCACAGCCACUACUCUUCAAACCACAAACCAAACAAACGCUGUAGCCAACACCACAAACACUGCAAUUAACGACACUAAACAAACCAUCAUUGCAACAAUAGAUAGCACUGCUGCAACCAUAGCAAAAACAAACAAAGCCACCACAGUCACAACUGCUACAACAACAGGUGCCACAUACACAGACAACACAAAAGUAACAGACACAGCCACAGACACCAUAUUCACAGCUGUCCCAGCUUCAGCCUCAACAAUCACAGCUAAUAUGACAGCCUCAGCAAUCAAAGGUGAUACAACCACAGCCCUUGCAACAAACACAGACACCACAAUCAUGAGUGUUAACUCAACAGACACUAUUACCAUGGCUGCUCCAACAACAGCCUCAAAAAUCACAAUUAGUACAACCACAAUUAUCACAACCACACCUUUCCAAAACACAACUUCUGCGGUCAUGGAAAAUAAAACCACAGAAACUGCAACUACAGACACCAUACAAACCACAGCUAACACUACUCUAAGUAUAACCAAAACAAACAAAGCCACUACAGUCAAAACUGCUAUAUCCACAGACACCACAAACACAAAUUUUACAAAUAAAAUCACAGCAACCACAUACACUACAACUGACAACACCACAACUGCUGAAACCACAGCAGCCAAAACCACAUUGACCAGAAUCAAAACUGAUACAAGCACUGACACCAUACCCACUACUACACUACCUAAAACUGACAGAGACACUACAAGUACAAGUCUUCAAACCACAGCAAAUGCAACCACAAUCUUUACAACCUCAAACACCACAACUACAAAUUCUAUACCCACUGCUUUCCAAACUACAGCCACAACAAUUACAACUGAUAGAAACAUUACAAAAGCUCUCCGAACAACAAUCAAUCUCACCAACACCACUGAUGCAACAACUACAGACACCUCGACAAACAUUGUCACCACAACUAUAGAGAGCUCUACUAGAACCACAGCCACUGCAAACACCACCACACUCACAAGAGCACCAAACCAAGACACACGUGUCCUUGGGUACUCAAUGAAAAUAAACAGUGAAUUUGACAUUGCACUCACCAAUAAAACAAGUGAAACCUUCAAAAAACUUAAAGCAACAAUUGAGAAAUCGAUUGAUGAAAGUUACAGAAGCUUGCCUGCCUAUAAGCCCAACUCUGCAAGUGUGAAUGGUUUCAGGCCUGGCAGUGUAAUUGCAGACUUCGAGGUUAAUGCAACUAGCGAUAACCUUAAUUUGGCAUCGGCAAACCAACAACUUGCUAGCAAUCUCCGUUCACUGGGAUACAACAUAAGCAAUGAUGCAUUCAGUCAAAGUGUGGCAGAUGGGCUAUAUAAAAGUCAAGACCAAAUAUAUCCUGGGCAAAAUAUGAUACUGACUUGUAACACAACAACAAAUAACAACAUUAAUUGGACGAAGAAUGGAAUUGAACUAAAGGAGUCUGACAGAUAUACAAUUGAUCAGAAUGUACUCACUGUGAAAAAUACCACUCCUGAGGAUAGUGGUACGUAAAAAAAAGUCACUGCAGUAUCUAGUAAAC